AGGUUCCCCUACCAUGCCUCGUUUAGCGUGUAAUUUGCUCAAACACUAGCAAGCUCUCGAGGCGGAAACAUCAGAGCUGGUGGUCAGUAUUCGCUCUUGCCAUCGUGGGUUGAAUCCCGCAAAACGUGCCUGACGUGGGUCCUUUUCGACGUUGCAUGGACCACGACCGUUCUACUGUACCGUUUUCUCUCGUCGAAAUUGCAAACGUGUCGCGAACAGGUCAAUGGAAAGUGUCGAACAUGACGUACGAGUGAGUGUCGUGAGACUUCAGCCAGUGUGACGGCGUUCGUGAUUACGAUUGAAUCAACGAAGGUUCAAUCGGAUUGAAGGUUCAAUACUUGGUGAUCCAAGAACAUCUAUUGGACGACCAAUAUGGACCAAUGGAAUAUGGACCAAUCGCUUUAGUGAUGCGUGAAUAAGGUGCCGGGACGUGUCUAUUGAUUGUCUAUUGUGACUGUCGAGGCUACCUGUACCGUUCCAACAUAUUAUCGUGUGACGAAUUUUAUUGAUGCGAUCGAGAAAAAGUGAUUAUAUCAAUUUACUCAAAGAAUUACUUUGAAGAAUAUCUGCAGACAAUUGAGAAUCGAAGAAGGGAACUCCAUAUAGAUAUAUAUCGAUAUCUGACAUCGAUCCAAGUGACGAGUGUUUAUUGGUGGGACGAGAGUUAGUGUGUUCCAGUGAUAAUCUAAGAGUGUUUAUUGAGAGUAUAAAGAUUCCACUACUGACGGAACUCGAUCUAGAGAGAAGCCAGUUUCGAGGAGGCCGCGACGAUGCUGCAGACCUAAUUUCGACGAUUUAGCGCCCGUAGACCCACGUCGAUCUCGCCAAAGUGGGUUGCCCAUCCAAGAAGCGUACGAUAAUCGUACGAUGAUGCCGCUCGCGCCGACGCCAAUUGUCCCGGUGCCGUCGAAGCCGAAAAUCGGCUUUAGUAUCGAUUCGAUCGUCGGCGGCGGUGGCCAACCCGGUCGUGAAGCGGACCGCUUGGAUCGGCUUGAGCGAGUCGAAAUCGAGCGUGAUGGCAGCCCGAUGGAGAUAGUCGAGGAUUCGUCGUCGCCACGAGCACGUCGGGCAAGAACACCCGGUGCUCACUCCGAAGGCUCCGAUCGGCCCAUUUCCCGUAGUUCUUCAGUUGAAUCAUAUCCGAAUUCGCGAAGGACUCCGCACGCUGGCGGCGGUGGCGGUCAACUUUCUUACCGUCAUCACAGUCAUCAUAAUCCACUUCCUCAUCAUAACUUAUCAACGACAAAUCUGGACUUUGGCCGGACGAUUCUGCACAGUCACAGCGACGGUUCUACUCCCAACAACAGUCCCAGUCCACCGCAUAGGAUACCACAUGGGGACUCACCAGUUGGCGCGCACCCUCAACCGCCCCCGGGAGUGGUCAGGCCUAGCCCAAACUACCUCGCACCGCCGCCCAGCGCCGCGACGGCCGCGGCCGUCGCCGCGGAACAGCUCAAGUCCUUGUAUGGACUGCCGGGUCAUAGCCCAGCAGGCCCGCAAACCGGUCAGAAUGAAUAUCAUACGCAGCAGUUGGCCCUAGCUGCGAAUUUGGCUGCAGCCCAACACUUCCAAGCGGCGAAUCUUGCAGUGGCGCUCCAAGCGCAUCACGGCGCGUCACCCCAUGGACCGCCACAUGGGCCUUACCCACAUGGAGGAGCCCCUGGCGGGCCCCACCCUCCACCCCAUCCUCAUCAGCCGCCCAGAGACAGCUAUCCUCUGUAUCCCUGGUUACUUUCGAGACACGGCAGGAUUUUUCCGCACAGAUUUCCCGGUGGUCCGGAUAUACCCGGCUUCCUACUUCAACCCUUCAGGAAACCGAAACGAAUAAGGACAGCCUUCAGCCCGAGCCAGCUACUGAAACUGGAACACGCCUUCGAGAAAAAUCACUACGUUGUCGGCGCGGAGAGGAAGCAGUUGGCGCAGGCGUUGUCGCUGACGGAAACGCAGGUAAAAGUGUGGUUCCAAAACCGACGGACGAAGCACAAGCGGAUGCAGCAGGAGGAGGAAGCGAAAGCCCAACAACAAUCGGGCGGAGGUGGUGGCGGCGGCGGUGGUGGCGGCGGUGGUGGCGGCGGCGGUGGUGGCAAUGGUAACACCAACAACAACAGCAACAACAAGAACACUCACCACGUCAGCAAGUGGCAACAGGAGACCGGUGACUAUCAUCAUGAGGAAGAGGAAGAGGAGGAUGAGCACAUCGACCCGGAGGCCGAAGAGUGCACGAGCGACUCCGAGGCGUAGCUAGACGUUCUCUGCCUGGAUUAGGAUCCAGGAUCGAGUGCAAAAUAUCCUGAAUAGAUUCAGAGAGAAUCCGAUCGAGACGGGGGUAACCGUCCGAAGAACGAAUCGAGUUUGCUCCGAACGAGGCUGUCAGUCGCUGUUCGUGUGCGUGGCACGAAGUUAACAGCAGUGAGUGAAUUCCUAUAGUAGUAUUAUCGGGUCCUCACGAUAUCGAUCACAGUCGAGGUUGCUCAGCUGCGAUACAACAGGAAGAUUGACAAUUGGGGUCUUGAAGAUUUGUUCAAAAGCGCUUCGCAGCUAGAGAUGUGCAAUUUUCUUUUCUUGAAUCGCAAUGUGAUAUACAAUUGGAUAUUUAUCGCAAAAUCGCGCCUGCGCUUCAAAAUAAAAAUAUAAUUUUUCGUAAAGAUAUUCUUUUUCUGAAAACGUAUUCCGAAUCUCGUUAGAGAUUUUCCAAUGUUACAUUAUACGUGAAAACGAGUGUUUGUUAUAGCAGUUUGUUUUUGACUAUAUGAUCAGAUAUCGCUGCUUGCGACUCAUGAAAAACUGAUUGAUACAAAAAGCCAUAUGUAAUUUAAAAUUAUAUAUGAUUAAAAAUUGAGUUUGCGAUAUAAAAUCGCACCCUAUUCAAAAUCGCAGUUGCGAUGUGAAAUCGCGUGCGAUUUAAAAUCGCAUUUGCGAUACAAAAUUGUUGAUGCGAUAUAUCACAUUCAUCGCGAAUUUCAUAAAUCGCACAAAUCGCAACUUGAAGGUUGCGGAUAUCACGAGAUAGAAGUGAUUGGAUGAUCAGGACGAGACCUGAAUUUUGAUAUGUCCGAUCAAUCCGUCAGAUCAAUCGGUAGCCUGCGGGUGAGAUCAUCAGUUUAUUGAACUUACGUAUUUUACGUAUUUCAAGGUACGAAAUUAAAUUAAUUAAAAAACAUGACAUUUUUCGCAGUGAAUGUAAUUUAUUCAUAUUGAUUCUAAUUUAGUGAGAUUGCUUUCUGGCAAAAAGAAUAAUAACUGUGUUUUAAAGUCUAACAAAUCUCGUUGGCGCGCAGUUGCUUAAGUUAGAAAGUUUUAUAGCAUCUCACACGACUAUUUGAACAUCAAGAUUAUUGCUAGGUUUGAUCGACUAAUCACUAAAAUAUGAGCAAUUUUAAUGAUUUACUGGCUAAUUAAUAAUUUCUAUAAUAAUUAAUUAAAAAAUGUCAUUUAUACUUAUUUUUUUAAAUAAUUACGAAUGAACGCAACGAUUCUUCUACUACGUAAAAUAUGUUGGUUUUAAAAAGUGAUGGGGACCUUAUACUGUGUACAGUCCGCAGUCCAAGGAUACGCCAUAUUUAAAAACAUUUCUUUUAAAAGAGAAUUUAUUCAUAGUAAUUUAUAUUUCAUCCUAUGUUUCAUUAAAAUUAUGGAUUGCACUAUCUUUUCGUCGCGAACCGCAGUCAGCGUCAAUGGACGAUAAUGAGAGCGGAAGUGUCUUUUAUUGUUCAUUUUCUUUUCUUGAUAGAAUUGCGACGUCGUUUCUCAGUAUCUCCGUUCCACGGUGUGGCCGGAGGCCACCGGAAAUCGCGGAGAUCCGUAAAUAUCCUCGAGACUAGGAUGAGGCGUCCUCAGGAUAAACUACCUUAUAACGAAUCCGGAAAAAGCGAUGGAGAAACCGAAGGCGUCCAUCGGAAAUCGGUUAAUGGAGGCAUUGUCUGCGGGAGACGACCAAGUUAAAUGGACGCUCAUCCGCCGGAAGGCUACGAUGUUCAGUGUAUCGAGAAUGGUCGACGCUAACUUUUGGCGGAUAUUUUUUGAUCGUUCGCCUGUGUUGUUGAAACCUCGAGAUUUUUGUCAGUUUUGUCAGUGAGUCAAGGUUCAUAUCCGUUACACUCGAUUUAAUUCUAUUUUGCUAAACAAGACUUCGACUCGCGUAUGACGACCGUGACGGUUUCCAAAGUGACUGUUGAAACCUAAAAAAUGAUCCAGUGCAUCGAUCGUUCGCGAUUCGUCUGGAUGCGCGUAGAUCGCCACCGGAGAUCGCGAAUGGUUUACACUCAUCUUGCCAUAAAAAAUUCGCCAUAAAGACUAAUUUUCAUCGGAUGGUGUAAAUAAAAUAUAGGAGGAUAGAAGGAUAGAUUGCAGCUUCUUGGAUCUUAUUCGGGCGCAUCCCGAUGUUUCUCUUUCGAUUUGAGGCUUGAGAGUGUGAAAAGGGACACGAGUGUAUAUAGAUAGUUAUCGAGAGGCACGCGAGAUGCAAUGUAUGCAUGAGCAUAUGUACAUGCGAACACGUAAGUAAACCGAAUCUUAAAAGUGAGUGCCAAACUUCGUAUUAUUAGAGAAUGGUUCCAGUAUAAGCGAAUUGUAUUUGCGAUUGUAUUUAAGUCGUUGUUCUACGCGGGCGAACAGUAUUCUUUUCGUCAAUCGAUGUUUCAAAAUAUGUACUGACAAUUUAAAUUAUUAUUGUUAAUGUUAGUUAGGGAUGCGCUGCGCCAAGACGGAGCUGUUGUUCUUGUAAAUGUAAAAUACCUUCAAACUGCAAUUUCGAAAUUGUGAUGUCAUUAUGUCAAAAUUAACAUUAUCAAGUAACGUGUCGCGAUUGAUAAAUAUUAUUGAUUACACGAAGAAAAAUUGUUCUCUCAAUCGUUCCGCGUGAAACUCGCACGUUCCUAUUCGCUCGAGCACUCGCUCGAUCGUGGCGCAGGGCCCCCCCGCCUGUAAAUAUUUCUGUAAAUAGCAAAUUGUGAUUUUACUUGACGUACAGAACUAUAAAAUUAUACGAUGAUCAAUUCUGUUCUUUAGCAAUAUAGUGAAAUAAAUUAUAUCAUCUAAAUCUAA